AUGCGAUACACUCUAUAUACAUUCCUGUUAUGCAUCACGUAUUGUGGUAAGUUAAACAUAUAUAAUUAUGGUUUAAUAUUUACUAUCUGAAGUUAUUUAUUAUGAACAAUUGAAUGAAAUACAAAAAUGUGUAUUUUGCUGUACAUUACUGUAUUUAUAAGGACAGUUAGGCUACCUCAUUAGCCCAUCUGUUAGGCUAAUAACGCAUUUAGACAUAACAUUGCAAUGUUUAUAACUCGUAUGAUGCUCGUCGUAUGAUCAAUGUCUAGACUUUAAAUGAAUAACAAUUACUAAGAAAUAGAUUAGUGUUAAAAUAGGUCUGGAUGUCUGUUAUUUUAGUUGUACUGGUCAAGGGCGCACGGACAUUAGAUCACGUGGAGCGCUACGAUGUGGUCCGACCUCAGAGACUGACUGGUCGGGUCAAAAGAAACAUUUUCUCAAACCAGGUGCUUACAUCCCGUUAUCUUUUCUCUAUAAAUAUUUAAUAGUGGUUCCUGUAAAUUAGGGAAAUACAGUAUUUCAAAUCCCCAAUGAAGAGGGGGAUGUUAUAAAAAGCAGAACAGCUUUUCAUUGUUGACAACUAAUAAAAUCUUCCCUAGGUUUAUCCUGAUGAGCUACAAUAUGUAUUAACCAUUUCUGGAGAGAACCACACAAUUCAUCUUGACAAAAAUAGGUACAUUAUUUUUAACCAUCCAUUAAUUAAUAUAUGUGUUUUGGUAGCAAGUUUAGUAGCAGUUAUAUGACUUGUUCUAUUGUUCUUUUUAUAGGCAAUUAAUUGGGAAGCAUUACACUGAAACACACUAUUCAGAAGAUGGAAACCGGGUGACAACAUUUCCAAAUUAUGAGGUAUCUAAGCCUUUAAAUAUAAUAGCCUAAAUUUGUCACUUUGUGCAGAUUUGUGUACAGUAUUUCAAGAUAAGCUCUAAACCAAUACUUUUACUAAUUUCAACUUCCUUUAGGACCACUGCUAUUAUCAUGGUCAUAUUAAAGGCAUUGAGGAUUCAUCCGUUAGUGUUGGAAUCUGUUCUGGCAUUAGGUAAGUGAGAUUUCAGCAUAUUCCUGUUUUCUAUCAGCAGUUUCUGAACUUUCUGAACUAGUUGGCAAUCAAUACAUUUCUCAGGAAAUCCAACUUCUCAUUUGAGAAAUUCAACAUUGCUACAUUUCAACAGAUGUGUAAUACGAAUAACUGAGAAAUUUGUGGUUGAAAUCAUUUUGAAAGCGGUCUUACAUAUUUAGAAAUGUACCUGUCUUUUAAUGGCAUAGCCUCUGGUGACAUUUCACCUACAAGACAAUGAUUAGAGUUGCUAUACUGAAUAGCUUACUGCCUUUUGAUGUUGAUUAUUCAUAGUAUAUCAUAUAAUUGGAGGAACAAUGCUAUUUUAAUUGGGGAGAAACUAAUUGUCCGUGCUUUGCAAUGCAACACUCAGAAAACCGCUCGCUGAUGUGUUUUUCCAGUGGCUUUGUGAGGGCUGAGCAGAAGGUCUACCUGAUCGAGCCUUUAGGAGACUCUGCCGAUGGGGAGCAUGCUCUGUACAGGCAGGAGCACCUCAGAGCCAACAAGACCAGCUGUGGUCACUCCAACGACAGCACUGUCUAUGACCACGACCAGGACCCGGCCCCCAGACUCUCAGGCCUCUUCAAGUCCAAAGGCUGGGUAUGCAGUUUCUUACUACUGCUUCCUUUUUAUUACUUAGUUGCAACAAUACACAUCCAAAGAUAGGGUUAAUGUUUUCUACCAGUUGUAUUUAUCGUGUAAGGAGAGUCCAAUGUUUUCUUAUCUCACUUUUUUUCUUUUUUUAGAAAAGUAAACCCAUCACUGGGCCUCAAAGAUUUGUGGAGAUGUAUCUGGUGGCUGACUACACAGAGGUAUGUUAUGUAUCAACAUAUACAUUUUAUAGUGUCUUUCUUAUGUAUCAACAGAUUUAUGGUUUAUUAUUUGUUUCAAUGUAUCAACAGAUUUAUGGUUUAUUAUUUCCUUAGAUGAACUGUAACUCAGUGAAAUUGUUGCAUUUAUAUUUUUGUUCAGUAUAUGUGUGUUGUUUUUUCAGUACAAAAAAUAUGGAAGCGAGACCAAAGCUCGGAUGCUGGAAAUUGCCAAUCAUGUUGAUAAGGUACCUUUUCAAGGAAGUAAUCUACUUGUGUGUGAUGUUAUAUGUGAAUGGCUGUAUAAGCAUAGUUAGGGCCAGGAGAUUUUCCUGACCAGGUCCAGGCUUUAGUUAUAGGUUCUUAAGAUACUAUAUUGAAUCGCUUACUGUUAUAAUCAGGGCUUAGGGCCAGGAGUUUUCUCCCCUAGCUCUAGUACGUAUAUCUUAUAUUCAUGAAGGAGUUAUUGAAAAGACCUCUGUCUCUGCUUCCUAGUUGUAUCGGCCAUUGAACAUCCGGAUCAUGCUGGUGGGGUUGGAGAUGUGGACUACUAGGGAUCACAUUGACGUCACAGCCAGUCCUGAGAAUACCCUGGAUAGGUUUCUCAAGUGGCGUCAAGACGACCUUCUAAAGAGGGGAAAGCAUGACAAUGCCCAGUUCGUCACGUGAGUAAUUAGCCUUAUCUUUAUUGUUUGUGUUGAGAUGAAAGGAACUGGAUUGCAAUGAAUCAAAACAUUUCCAUUACAUUAUUGUUUGGUAUUACGUGCUGUGAAAAAUUAAUAUAAAAUGUUGUUUUUAAUGCAUAAUAUUGUAACGAUGGACAAAUGUCUACUUUUGUGUGGUUUGCAAAGCUAAUCACGGUUCUAAAGCUUUUCCCCAACAUUUUGUUGUUGUUUUCAACAGUGGUAAAGAUUUCUUGGGCGAUACUGUCGGACUGGCAAAUAAACUUGCCAUGUGCACUGGAAGUUCAGGUGCAGUCAACCAGGACCACAACAGGAACCCAAUUGGCAUUGCCUCGACCAUCGCUCAUGAAAUGGGCCACAACCUGGGCAUGUCCCAUGAUAUUUCAGGCUGCACCUGUGGGACAUCGCUGUACAACGACAACUGUGUCAUGGCAGAUCGGCUCAGGUAAAUACAAAAAUACAUUCACUCACACAUUGAGGCAUUUCCUAUGUUAUUAUGUUAGUCAUUCUAAAGUGAGCCAACAUUCCCACACUUUCAGGUCAGUGUACCCAGAGCUGUUCAGUGGCUGCAGUCAGGAGCAGCUGAGUGACUUCCUGGAGAGAGCCAAUCCCAGCUGUCUGCUGGACACACCUGGCUCUGACAGGCUGUAUGUGGGGCCUGCCUGUGGCAAUGCCUUCCUGGACCCUGGAGAGGAGUGCGACUGUGGAACUGUGGAGGUAAGUCAGGCUCCGCAUAGGUGCACUGGCAUUGAUUAUAUUGUCUUACAAUAUUCCUCUGACUCAAUCAAAGGUUUGGCUUUGUUAUAAGGAUGACAAAACUUUGCAAAAGCUUAUGAAAGGGAGACAAAAUAUACACAUGCAUGAAUGCUUUGCACCGUAAAUGACAUUUUAUGGAUGACUGACUUUUAUACAUUUUUCAUUUGACUGGUAAGAUGAAAUAGUUAUUUUAUAUGUUGUCUCAGACUGGUGUGUCUUUUGUCCCUCCCAGGAGUGUAAGAAUCCCUGCUGUGACCCCUCUACCUGUCGCCUCACUGAGGGAUCCAGCUGUGCUCAUGGAAAAUGCUGCGAAAACUGCCAAGUGCGUGCAUUUUUAAAUCUGGGUGCUUUAUUAAACGUAUGAUUGAAUGAGUCAGACCAGCUGGUAACAUCCAUCUCUGAUCUCUCUCAGCUCACCAACACUCAGACAGACACACCCAACCAACUGCAACUAAUAACCACAUAGCCAAAAGAGAAGUAGGGCUUGGCUCCAUAAAGAACAGAUGGGUGGAUUGAGAAACCAGGGUUUGGAUACUAGCAAUAAUACCAGGAAACGGACUGAUGCUCUUGUGUUUCCCUGUACUGUACUGUCCAUAUCUUUCCUCAAUAUGACAGUCGGGACUGUAAGAAGCGGGCCUAGUCAGUCAUCAAAUAAAAUAUGUACUGUAUGAACCAAACUUGGCAUCUAACCAAUAAUCAUACACUUUGCUAUAGUAGUAGUAUCAGAUUUCUAGCAUACAUUUUAGUUAGCGCUUUGAGCAUAAUGUUUGAAAAAGCACUGUACAAAUAAUGUAAUUAUUCUGAUUUAUUAGUUAUUCAUCUGUUAUGAAGUUACUUACUCAACAACUGAACUAUUUGUUCUCCAUUCAACUUUCAGCUUAAACAGGCAGCCAGUUUGUGUAGAACAGCUUCCAGUGAUUGUGAUCUGGCAGAGUAUUGCACUGGAACUUCAGAGCAUUGCCCAGAAGAUACCUUUAAGAUGAACGGGAAACCUUGCAACUCUGGUCAGGGCUACUGCUACAAUGGGCAAUGCCCAACACUUCAGCAACACUGCAAGAGACUGUGGGGACCAGGUACUUUACUGUUUUAAAUACAUAGCCAAUUAUGUUUCUUACACUCAUAGAAUGAAAAACUGGAUCUGUAAAUUAUGUAUUAAUUUACACUACACUAGUUAUGACACAGCGUAACCAUCCAUAACCGUAUGACGUUAUUUCAUUAACACAAAGCAGAACCCUUCCAGAAAAUAACUACAUUUACAUUUUAGUCAUUUAGCAGACGCUCUUAUCCAGAGCAACUUACAGUUAGUGAGUGCAUACAUUUUUUUUCUUUUCAUACUAGGCCUAGAUAUAAUCUCAUUCAGUUAGUGGAGGUUGAAUGUCAUAUUGUGAAUUGUGCAAUGAUGACAAUCUGCAGUAAGGAUCCCUGUCAUAUCCUGUGGAACCCAAAAGUAAUAUCUAAUCUCUUUCUUAUCUUCUAGCGGCACAAGUAGGCACGGAUUCCUGCUUUAAUCUAAACCUGGAUGGCAUUGAAGGAGCCCACUGCGGAAGGACCAAAUACGGCUUUGCGCGCUGCACACCACAGUAUGUCCACUCCCAUCUGUCACACUGACUUCCUGUGUUUUUGACGUUUCCAUUUCCUGACAUUUCCCAUCACAAUAUGACCACAAUGUCCCUCCCAAGGCAAUUUACAAAUAAUAGAAAACAGCUAUUACAAGACUUCCAUAAGUUUGUGUUAAGAAACACGUUGCCAUAGUUUGACGUCAAAUACUAAGUCAUUUUAUUUUCUUCUCCUAGGAAUAUAAAAUGUGGAACGCUAUUUUGCUCGGGAGGAGAUGAGUAUCCCAUCACUGGGCAGAAGGCCAUCUAUACAAUGAGGGGAACAUGCAACAUAGCAGUGGACCAGGAUAAGAUAAGAGCCCUCGACAUGGUCCCAACAGGAACCAAAUGUGGAAUGAAUAAGGUAAGACUGUUUCUGAAUUCCAAAUCAUCCCUCAGGAGGGCCUAUAGGAAUUCAUGGAAUUCAUAUGAGUGGGCGAAUGAAGUGAACAGUUCCUCUUUGUUUCCACAGGUUUGCUAUGAUCACAAAUGCCAAGAUGUCAAAGUCUAUGGUCAAAUGGAGGACUGUUCAUCAAAAUGCCACGACAAUGGGGUGAGUGCAUUGAUUGUCGAUUUUGAGUUGUUAGUAAACUUCCGCUAGAAUUGUAUGGACUUAGUCAUCACAAUCAUCACUCUCUUUUGUUAGGUGUGCAACAACAAGGGACAGUGCCACUGUAGCUCAGGUUGGGCUCCACCUUACUGUGACGUCAAGUAUUCAGACUUUCCUCAAGGUAUGCCUCAUUCACUCUGUUGUGACAUGCAUUGUUGUUUAUGUAUUUCAUAUGAUAUGUGUUACAUUUUGUAAAGGUAAACCUGAACAGUUUCUAAAAAUGAACAUGUUAAUGAUUGGUUCUGUUUUGGUUUUGCAGACCAGUUUGGGGUGUUAGCUGGCGUCUCAGCAGCAAUAGCUGUAUUGUUGCUGCUCACUUUCCUGGUUGCAGGACUGAUGUGCUGCAAGAAGGACAAGAGAGAGAACUACAUUUCCAAAAGGUGAGUUUUUUUUUCACCAACAUUGUUUUGUGAAUGCCUCUUCAGUUGUCAUUUGGAAUGAUUUGGUACACAAUCAACAUAUUGAUGUGUUAUGUAUGAUCUGUAUUUUGAAGGAAAGUCCAUUCUACCCCGGGACAGUUGAACCCAAUGUUCCGGGAGAGGAGUGGGAAGGGCAAUCCUCUCAGCAAGCCCCUCCAAAUCAGCCAACCUACCUUCAUUGAGUCAUCUGCAACACAAGCCUGCACCCCUCUGUUUGUCACUGUGGUCCCUUCCAGGCCCCCUCCACAGGUGAGCUACAUUACCACAACAUUAUCUCAACAUUACCACUACUCCAGGCUGAUUGAUAAAGGCCUAUUAUGUGAAGUUACUAGUAGUAUCAUGCAUGUUGUAUGUAGUUACUAUGUUACACAUAACAUACAUACAGUUGAAGUCGGAAGUUUACAUACACUUAGGUUGGAGUCAUUAAAACUAUUUUUUCAACCACUCCACAAAUUUCUUAUGAACAAACUAUCGUUUUUGCAAGUCGGUUAGGACCUCUACUUUGUGCAUGACACAAGUAAUUUUUCCAACAAUUGUUUACAGACAGAUUAUUUCACUUAUAAUUCACUGUAUCACAAUUCCAGUCAGUCAGAAGUUUACAUACACUAAGUUGACUGUGCCUUUAAACAGCUUGGAAAAUUCCAGAAAAUUAUGUAAUGUCUUUAGGAGCUUCUGAUAGGCUAAUUGACAUCAUUUGUGUCAAUUGGGGAUGUAGCUGUGGAUAUAUUUCAAGGCCUACCUUCAAACUCAGUGCCUCUUUGCUUGACAUCAUGGGAAAAUCAAAAGAAAUCAGCCAAGACCUCAGAAUAAAUUUGUUAGACCUCCACAAGCCUGGUUCAUCCUUGGAAACAAAAUGCCUGAAAAUACCACAUUCAUCUGUACAAACAAUAGUACGCAAGUAUAAACACCAUGGGACCAUGCAGCCACCAUACCGCUCAUGAAGGAGACGCGUUCUGUCUCCUAGAGAUGAACGUACUUUGGUGCAAAAAGUGCAAAUCAAUCCCAGAACAACAGCAAAGGACCUUGUGAAGAUGCUGGAAGAAACGGGUACAAAAGUAUCUAUAUCCACAGUAAAACGAGUCCUAUAUCGACAUAACCUGAAUGGCCGCUCAGCAAGGAAGAAGCCACUGCUCCAAAACUGCCAUAAAAAAGCCAGACUACGGUUUGCAACUGCACAUGGAGACAAAGAUCGUACUUUUUGGAGAAAUAUCCUCUGGUCUGAUGAAACAACAAUAGAACUGUUUGGCCAUAAUGACCAUCGUUAUGUCAAGGAAAAAGGGGUUGGCUUGCAAGCCGAAGAACACCAAUCCCAACCGUGAAGCACGGGGGUGGCAGCAUCAUGCUGUGGGGGUGCUUUGCUGCAGGAGAGACUGGUGCACUUCACAAAAUAGAUGGCAUCAUGAGGAAGGAAAAUUAUGUGGAUAUAUUGAAGCAACAUCUCAAGACAUCAGUCAGGAAGUUAAAGCUUGGUCGCAAAUGGGUCUUCCAAAUGGACAAUGACCCCAAGCAUACUUCCAAAGUUGUGGAAAAAUGGCUUAAGGACAACAAAGUCAAGGUAUUGGAGUGCCCAUCACAAAGCCCUGACGUCAAUCCUAUAGAAAAUGUGUGGGCAGAACUGAAAAGGCAUGUGCGAGCAAGGAGGCCUACAAACCUGACUCAGUUACACCAGCUCCGUCAGGAGGAAUGGGCCAAAAUUCACCCAACUUAUUGUGGGAAGCUUGUGGAAGGCUACCUGAAACGUUUGACCCAAGUUAAACAAUUUAAAGGCAAUGCUACCAAAUACUAAUUGAGUGUAUGUAAACUUCUGACCCACUGGGAAUGUGAUGAAAGAAAUAAAAGCUGAAAUAAAUAAUUCUCUCUACUAUUAUUCUGACAUUUCACAUUCUCAAAAUACAUUUGUGAUCCUAACUCAAAUCAAAUUUUAUUUGCCACAUGCGCCGAAUACAACAGGUGUAGACAUUACCGUGAAAUGCUUACUUACAGCCCUUAACCAACAAUGCAUUUAUUUUUUAAUAAAAAAGUAAAAUAAAACAACAACAAAAAAGUGUUUAGAAAAAAAGUAAAAGAAAAUAACAGUAGGGAGGCUAUAUACAGGGACCUAAGACAGGUAAUUUUUACUAGGUUAAAUGUCAGGAAUUGUGAAAAACUGAGUUUAAAUGUAUUUGGCUAAGGUGUAUGUAAACUUCCGACUUCAGCUGUAUAUAGUUCCUAUGUGAUAUAUAUAUAAUAAUAACAUGUGUGAAACGGCUGCUGAACUUGUAGAGAUAGCCUGCCUAAAGUAAAAUGGGUAUGUUUUGGAUAGACUAAGAAUAUUUGGAAAGAAAAAUAAAUGGCAACUAAAUGGAGAGCAAUAUUUUGUCUUACAGACACCAAAGAGCUUGCCUGCAGUGCUGCCACAGUCUCGCAUUGAACUGGUGAGCUAUGCCAAUUGA